GUGAUUCCCCAGCCUCUCCUCUCAACCUGUCGCUCGGUCACCCUGUUGCUCUGUCUUUCCCCCUUCCUGCCUAUCUCUUUCCAUCGUUCGAAUCUCGCCCACAGGCCCAUCAUUCGAUCGUUCACCGAUCCAUAUUAUUCUUAACAAUCCACCCCAGCAGUGCGAAUCUACGUUUCCCCAAUUCUACAGGGACUAUAUACCUACAACUACUCACCACCCUAGGCUUGGUUUACGAUAAGUGCUUCGGCUUUUGUUUUGCCUAGCCUCCCCCCCCCGUACCUCGUACGGAGCCCCCUAUUGCUCACGCGAACUUGGGUAGAAAACAGUCCGAAAACAGUGUUUGAAUUCCCACAUACGUCCACUCCCGCAUUAUUAACACGGCAAAAUUUACCGGUAGAGCUAGCAAAAGUGGCCACGAAAUUUUCUAUCCGAGAAGUCCAGAAUGGGGAACAGCGGCCGUUAUUGUUGGAGGCCGUUCGGCGACAUGGUUACGAAAUUAAAAGCGAGGAUAUGAAUUUCGGGGGUGACCCCGAGAAAGUAUAUAAUUACAGUACCUUCCCGGGACCUCCUCUUUCAGCACCGUUAUCUUCGUUGAUUGCGCAUACUGCGGGUCGAGGAGCAAUGGCUGUCUUACUGUUUGCUUUAACCUUCCUAAUCCUCUCUUAUGCGCUCCCGCGAAUUGGAGACAGGCUUACGGGGCCCUUGGUUGCACGACAGCUCACUUCUCCUCCGCCUCCCGAUUUUGAGAAUAACGAGCAAGCGCAUAGCAUCGCGGAUUAUGAUCCUGAGUCUUGGACUUUGAGCACUAAGGCAUUGAUCACGAAUCGCUAUCAGUCCCAACCAUACGUUGCGAAUGGCUACCACGGAAGUCGAAUCCCCGCUGAAGGAAUCGGAUAUUGGGUCUUGAAAAAUGACUCGAAUCCCAACAGCGUCUGGCCCAUCAACGGCUGGCCAUUGGACAACCCCCGACAGACUGUUGCUACAAUCUCCGGAUUUUGGGAUUCCCAACGAAACACCACUCGAACGAAUUUCCCGGAAUUACUCAAGAACGGCGGAGAGAGCGUCAUCUCUGGUAUCCCAACCUGGAGCACACUAUUCGUCACGACACCCGAUGGGAAGUACACCUAUGCGCCCGGUGUUCCCCACAAGCAGAUUCAGAGUUUCCACCAAUCGCUAAGCAUCCGAAACGGGAUCCUAACCACGAGAGUAAAAUGGACCCCUGCCAAAGCCGGUAUUUCUUACGACCUCAAGUUCACAAUCUUGGCUCAUCGAUCUCGAAUCAACCUUGGGAUGCUAAAGCUCGAGAUUACCCCUUCCGGGGACGGGAAUGUGGUUGUGACAGACAUAUUGGAUGGUGCUGGUGCCCAAAGGACAGAUUUUUCUGAGAAGGCCUUUGAGAAUAAAGACAACGUGAUUUGGACGGCUGUCAACCCAAUUGGUGUCCCGAACGUUACUGCCUAUGAAUUUUCAACUGUAGAUUUCCCUUUUGGAUCCCAGCAGGGGUUCGUGAUAGAAGGAUCUAGAAAGAACGCGAAUUAUAGACCUUACGUUUCAAUCAAUCGGUCCACCAUCUCCCAGGAAUGGGAAGUGGAGACAUCUAAGCAACAGACUGUUACAAUUGUCAAAUAUGUCGGCAUUGCUAGCACUGAUGCGUUCCCGCACACUAAACAUGCAGCUCGACAAGCAGCCCUAGACGCCAGGGCCUGUGGAUGGGACGCAUUAGUGAAAGAGCAUAAUCAAGCUUGGGAUGAAUUAUGGGAUGACGGCGAUAUUAUCGUUCAUGGAGACGAACAGAUGCAGAUCGCAGUUAGAGCUAGUUUGUUCCAUUUACUGGCCAAUGUUCGCGGCGGUUCUGAAGGAAGGGGGCUUGGAGACAAUAGCAUCUCUGUGGGUGGCUUAGCCAGUGAUUCUUACGCAGGUUUUGUCUUCUGGGAUGCUGAUUUGUGGAUGCUUCCCGGCUUACUCGUCCUCCACCCCGAUCACGCAUCUGCAAUCAAUAACUACCGUUCUCGAAUGCUUCCUCAGGCACGAGAAAAUGCCAAGCAGUAUAAGUCUGACGGUGUGCUAUAUCCGUGGACUUCUGCGAGGUUUGGAAACUGCACGGCAACCGGUCCAUGUGUCGAUUACCAAUACCACCUAAAUACGGAUAUUGCACUUGUGAAUUGGCAUCAGUUUCUGACAACUGGCGAUGAGGAUUGGCUCAAGCGACAAGCUUGGCCGAUUAUCAAGGGGGUUGCCGACAUGUGGGCUAGCAAAGUGCAAACCGCCAAUGAGACUGGAGACGACGGGCUUCGCCCAGGCAUGUAUGUUGUUAGAAACAUGACGGAUCCGGAUGAAUAUGCAAAUCACGUCGAUAACGGUGCAUUUACAAAUGCCGGUAUCAAGGUCAUUAUGGGUAUUGCCCAAGCAGCGGCAAACCUUGUUGGUGAAACAGCGCCUAGCAAGUGGAAAGCUAUUGAAGAGAAGAUCUUUAUACCCUUCAAUACCAAUGCGAGCAUCAUCCCGGAAUAUGGAACCAUGAACGGGAGUGUUGAAAUCAAGCAAGCAGAUGUGUUGUUGAUCAAUUACCCACUCGAAUUUCGUCUUAACGAAAGCCAAGCCCUGAAUGACUUAGAUUUCUAUGCUAGAGCUCAGUCACCGGACGGUCCUGCCAUGACAUGGGCAAUGUUCGCUAUCAACGCAGCGGAUCUUUCGCCUGUUGGCUGCGCGAGUUAUACAUACUUACUCUACGCCUCCCAGCCUUACCUCCGUGAACCAUACUACCAGUUCAGUGAGCAAAUUAACGACAAUAUCUACGAGAAUGGCAACACCAAUCCCGCAUUCACAUUUUUGACCGGACACGGAGGGUUCCUUCAAGUUCCCAUACACGGGUUCACUGGGUACCGCCCACGCCUCGACGCAUUCUACCUCGAUCCUUCUCUACCUCCUCAACUCGAAGGAAUAGAGGUAAAGGGGAUGAAACACCAAGGUUCCGUCUUUAAUGUUUUUGUCAAUUCCACCAAUACUACAAUCACUAGACUCCAUCCAAAAGCACAUAGACGUUCAAACAAUAACCCAGGACUUGUCACUAUCAGGAUCGGUUCCCGGAAUGAAAUGGCCGGAGACUGGAAAUUAUCUGUCGGCCAAUCUCUCGUCAUCCCUACCCGCCGGCCCGAUUUGAACGGUGCAGACCUUCCCGGGAAUAAGGCACAAUGUAAGCGCGCGGAGGCAAACACCCCCUGGUACCCAGGCCAAUUCCCUCUUGCGGCCGUGGAUGGAAGCAACCAAACAGUCUGGCAACCAGCGACUUCUGAGCCCUCUGCCCUAACUGUGGAUUUGGAAAAUCCCACGGUAAUCAACGGUGUAAGCUUCAACUGGGCAUCGCAGCCGCCGGAAUUCUGGACUCUCCUUGUCGGUGGUAACGGAACUGCGCCCGAAACAUGGCGCCGCGUAUACCACAGCGAUAGAGUGGAUAUUACCGAUCCGUGGACCGAGGACGAUGCUCUGAUCGUGAGGAUGAGAAUAGGAAAUACCACGACACAAAUGUUCGAUCAGAGCACUUCCACCGUCAGCAGAUGGGUGAGGCUCGUGGUUGGGGGGAACAAGAAUCACGGCAAAGAGCGCGGUCCUACAGUAGCACAGUUCGGAAUUCUUUAA